CCUGAUGAGAAGAUUCGAACGCAGCCGUACGUAUACACAUACAUCCGAUGUGAUAGAACUAAAAAAUUUAGCCCACCCAAACAUCUAAUUUUACCCAAGAUUGGGGGUAUCCACGCAUCAUAUACACGAGACUGGUGGGUUGUUGACUUGUGGAAGACUUGGAGGGUGCUUGCUCGCAGCUGCUUCUCCCUCAGCCAAUCUGUCUGAUCCAGCAAAGUAAUCGUAUCGAGAGGCACGCCGACGUCCAUGGCGUCUGCGGCGGCGAGCGCUUUCUUGGAGGCGGUCAUGGGGAAGCUGUUCAUGGUGCUGGACAAGGAGUACAACAAGCACAAGGCCCUCGAGCAAGAGGUCGCCUCCCUCCAGCAGGAGUUCCGCAUGGUCGCCGCCGCCAUGGACGACCAGCUCCUCUCCAUGGGGAGGAGCGACGCCCACGCCCGCACGGCCGUCGCGCGGCUGCACGCCGAGGAGAUGCUCGACCUCGAGCACGACAUCGAGGACUGCGUCGACCGCUUCACGCACCUCCUCACCUGCAGCCACAGCAAUCCCAGCGGAAGAACAUCCCUGGUUUGCCGAGUCAAGCACGAGGUCAAGAAGGUCCAGAGCCGCUCGAGCUUCAGUGAAGAGAUCCAGAAGCUGAGGAGGCGCCUCAGCGAAGCGCAGCAGCGGGUCAUCAGCAACAUCAUCAAUCCGAAUCCGCCGCCUAGUGGAUUCGAGCCGAGGUCGUCGUCAUCGACUCCGGCUCGCGCCGCGUGCGGUCCUCCGGUGGGCAUCGGGGAGCCCAUGGAGGAGCUCCUCUCGCUGCUAGACGAAGUGGAGGGCGAGCCGGAGCAGGUGAGGGUCAUCUCCAUCGUGGGGUUCGGUGGAUUGGGGAAGACCACCCUCGCCAAGGCGGUCUACGAUGACCCUCGCACAAAGGAGAAAUUCUACCACCGUGCGUGGAUCGCCGCCGUUGGCUCGCCGGAGACGAGCGACUGGAUGAGGGGGAUCCUGCGUGAUGUACUCCGGCAAGUGCGUCCCGGUGACGCCAUGGAUGUGGAUGGCCAGCAUCUCGAAGCCUCGCUCAGAGAGUACCUCAAGGACAAGAGGUAUUUGAUUGUCAUCGAUGACAUAGAUGUGGAUCAACUUAGAAUCAUAGAGUCGAUCUUUCCAGACAAUGGUACAGGCAGCAGGAUAAUAGUGACGACAGAUAAUCAGCAAGUAGCUAAUACGUGCAGCCAUGGCAACGGUUAUGUGUACCAAAUGAAGACCCUUGGCAAAGAGGACUCCAAGAAACUAGCAUUUUCAGGGCUCAGAUCAGUUGAACCGGGGCAAGGUCCAGCAUCAUUAUUAGCGAAAUGUGAUGGCCUUCCUCUGGCUCUGGUUAGUGUCUCUGAUUAUCUGAAGAGCUCAAGUGAGCCCACAGGAGAGCUGUGUGCAGAGCUGUGCCUCAACCUUGGUUCUGAUCUGAAAGAGGAUGGCCAUUACAGCUUUGCACAACUCAGGAAGGUGCUCCUUGACAACUAUGACAGUUUUUCUGGCUAUACUCUGAGCUGCUUGCUGUAUCUUGGUAUAUUCCCAAACAAUCGUCCUCUCAAGAAGAAAGUUGUAAUCAGGCGGUGGUUAGCAGAAGGAUAUGCACGGAGCGAUGACCCUCGUCGUAGCGAAGAGUACACUGCAGAUAAGAAUUUCAGAAAGCUUAUUGACCGGAAUAUCAUUCAGCCUGUUGACACGAGGAACAAUUCUGAAGUGAAGACGUGCAAAACUCAUGGAAUCAUGCACGAGUUUUUGCUGAACAAGUCCUUGGCCCAGAGAUUCAUCGGGACAUCAUUGCAUGAUCAUCCAAGAGUUGGAAUCAAUACUAGCAAUGCGCGCCACCUUUCUGUCGAUGCUGCUAAACAGACAGAAUGCGUGGCAUCUGACGAAGAAUUAUCUCGAGUCCGAUCUCUGACAAUCUUUGGGGAUGCAGGUGAUACAAUUUCUUGUCUUCGCAAGUGCAAGCUUCUACGAGUCUUGGAUCUACAAGAAUGCAAUGGUUUGAAUGACGAUCAUCUGAAACACAUGUAUGAACUGUGGCAUCUGAAAUACCUGAGCCUUGGGGGCUAUAUCAAUGAGCUUCCAAGGAGUAUUCAAGGGCUGCAUUGUUUAGAGACACUGGAUUUAAGGAGAACGGAGAUCAAGUUUUUGCCCAUUGAAGCUAUAAUGCUGCCCCACUUAGCUCACUUGUUUGGAAAGUUCAUGCUUCACAAAGAUGAUCUAAAAAAUGCGAAGAAGAUGAGUAAACUACAAAAAUUCUUUUCAUCAAAUAAGAGCAACUUGAAAACUUUAGCAGGAUUUAUCACUGAAGAAGGAAAGGAAUUUCUGCAACUUAUUGGUCAUAUGAAAAAACUGAGGAAGGUUAAGAUAUGGUGCAAGCAUGUUGAAGGUAGCAGUAAUUACAUUGCUGAUCUUUCAAAGGCCAUUCAGGAAUUUACCAAGACUCCCAUUGACAUGGACCGAGUCCGUUUUCUCUCACUUGAUUCCGAAGAAUGCUCUGAAAAUUUCCUGAGUUCGAUUCAUUUGGAGCCAUGCUCUGAAGAUUACAAAUAUACUCUGAAGUCGCUGAAGCUACAUGGCAACUUACUCCAGUUGCCCCUGUUUGUUACCUUGCUGUCAGGUCUCAUUGAGCUGUGCAUUUCAUCAGCUACACUGACACAAGAGCAUCUGUCAGCACUGACCAAUCUGAACAGCCUGCUUUACCUCAAAUUGGUUGCAGACAAGCUCGAGAAUUUCGAGAUAAAACUAGGAGCAUUUCUGAGCCUGCGGCGCCUAUGCUUUGUGGUGAAAAAUGCGGCUUCAGCACUACCAAAGUUCGAGCAAGGAGCUAUGCCAAACCUUGUUUCACUCCAGCUGCUCUGUCAAGGACUAGUCGGUCUUUCUGGUAUCGAGAUCAGACACCUGAAACACCUCAAGGAAGUCACGAUUGACUCUAGAGUGACUGCGCAAACAAGGCAAGAUUGGGAACAGGCUGCAAAGAACCACCCAAACAGGCCUAGAGUUUUGUUGCUCGGAGAGGUUCAUUCGGUGGAAAGCGAGGAACCGGGAAGACCAAUGGAGAAGAGGAGAAUUUGUGUAGGCCAGGCAAGUUCAGAAGAUGAACGGGAUUCUAGCCUUAAGAGGAUGAGACUUUCAGAUCCUUCUUCUUCACGGCUUCAGGUGAUCGGCCAUCCGCAUCCGGUGGUGGUAACGGCCACCGAAGCAGCAUCCCAGCCUUCCAUGGCAAAUUAAUCUCUAGCACAUUUAUACAAUUUCGGCAGAUGGACUUCAAUAAGGAUUACAAUAUUAAGGUGUAGAAUUGACUUUUUGCAUAGUUACAUAUAUGAUGUAUCCUAUAUAUCGAGAUACCCAAAUUAUGAACUGUUUUUUGUU